ACCACUGUGAACCUCAUUAUCCUGUACCCCGAAGUCAUCACAAUGGCCAGGUGGGCUCUGGCUCAGGGCCCUCUGUGACAUCACCAACGUCCCAUCCCUGGGGGCCUGUCUCCCAGUUGCGAGGACAAGCAAACCCACCAUGAGCGACUUCCUCCCCUGCCUCUGCUCACCAUGCGGACGCUGAAAUGGUUCUUGUUCCUGCCUCUGUGCUUCUCCUGCGGCUACGCCUUCAUGUUUUCUUCUCUGAGAGAUGAGGCCAAUGAACCCCAGGGGAAGGUGCCUUGUGGGGGGCACUUUCGGAUCAGGCAGAAUCUACCGGAGCAUGCCCAAGGCUGGCUUGGGAGCAAGUGGCUGUGGCUUUUUUUCGUUUUUGUGCUCUAUGUGAUACUGAAGUUUCGAGGAGAGAGUGAGAAGAAUAAGGAGCAGAAUCCUCCUGCCCUUCGAGGCUGUUCGUUACGCUCUCCACUAAAGAGAAAUCAAAAUGCUUCCCCCAGCAAAGACUAUGCAUUCAAUACCUUAACCCAACUCGAGAUGGACCUUGUGAAAUUUGUGUCCAAGGUGCGGAAUCUUAAGGUCGCCAUGGCAACUGGCAGUAACCUCAAGCUUCCAAGCUCAGAGGUACCCACAGUUCCACACAAUAAUAUUACAAUAUAUGAGAUAUGGGGAGAAGAAGACUCUGACUGA